AUGGGGCCUUUGACUGAAGAAAAGACCCGGGUAAUGUUUGAGAAGAUUGCGAAAUACAUUGGAGAGAAUCUACAACUCCUGGUGGACAGACCCGAUGGCACCUACUGUUUCUGGAUGCACAACGACCGAGUGUACUAUGUGAGUGAGAUGAUCCUGAAGCUGGCCGCCAACAUCUCCGGAGAUAAGCUAAUGUCACUGGGGACGUGUUUUGGGAAGUUUACUAAGACCCACAAGCUCCGGUUGCACGUUACAGCUCUGGAUUACCUUGCAGUCUAUGCCAAGGGUUUGGGGGUAGCAGCAAAGUCUACCCAAGACUGCAGAAAAGUGGACCCCAUGGCAAUUUGUGGUGUUCCAUCAAGCAGACAUUGGGGAGUACGUACGCCAUGAAGAGACACUGACUUAGGAUGGUCAUCCCAAGAACAUUCUGCUGUGUGAGAGGACUUA